AUAAAUUCCCAUUAUAUAAUUUGCGGCCGCUAUAUACAUUAUGAGAAUAGAUGAGUUGCAAAGCGUUAUAGCUUCCAAAGAAUUUAUCUAGUAUAUAUAUAAUCCUUCCAAUCUCCCAUAUAUCAAAAAUCAAUAAUUAACUUUAUAAUUACAUAUCAAAUAACAAUAACAAAUAAUCAUGUCUAACAGUUUAGCAGAUACUGUAGACAAUCAAUCAAUUGAUAAGCAAAUGAUCAGUAACAUGUCAAGAGACAAGAACAAAUCUUUAAAUCAGGAUUCUAAUAAUAGUCAAGACACAUCACAAGAAGACCAAGUACAACAAGGUGGUGCUGGAGAUGGAACUAAGGAAGAAGAUCAAUACUUAGAAGGGAUGAAAUUGGUUGCUUGUGUCUUUUCUGUAUUAGUAUGUUUAUUUUUAAUUGGUUUAGAUCAAACUAUAGUGAUCACUUUGUUAUCAACUGUUGGUAACAAAUUCAAUGCCCUUGAUAAAAUUGGUUGGCUAUCAUCUGGAUAUUUGUUAACAGUAUGUGUUUUUGCACCAUUCUGGGGAAUGUUCUCAAUAAGUUUUGGUAGGAAACUUACCAUGAUUAUUUCGGUAGUUCUCUUUGAAGUUGGUUCCUUGAUUUGUGCACUUUCUGUUAAUAUGGAAAUGUUGAUUUUUGGAAGAGCUCUUUCGGGUGUUGGUGGUGGGGGAAUACAGUCAUUGACUUUUAUAAUUAUUUCAGAAGUUGUGCCACUUCAUAAAAGACCAUUGACAAUGGCAUUUGUCGGUGUUACAUACGCCAUAUCCUCAGUGCUUGGGCCAAUUAUUGGAGGUGCAUUUACUACUAAGGUUUCUUGGAGAUGGAGUUUUUAUGUUAAUCUUCCUAUUGGGGGGUUGGCUUUAGCUAUCUUUUUCUUUUCAUUUAAUCCACCAAAAGUUAAGGGUUCAAUUAAGCAAAAGCUUGCUAAAAUCGACUUUUUAGGCACUAUUUUGAUAGUUGGAGGUUUGAUUUUGAUUUUAUUAGCACUUACAUUUGGUGCAUCUUAUCAAUAUAAAUGGAAAUCAGGAAUAGUAAUUAGUUUCUUUAUUGUUGGAGCCAUAUUAAUUGCUGGUUUUAUUGUUUGGAAUUUCAAAUACUCAAAGUACCCAUUAAUCUUACCUAGUGCGGUUAAGAUUCUUCAAGUCAAUGCGGGUGCCAUUUCAAUUUUCUUUAUGUAUGCUUACUUUAUUGCUUUGACACUUUAUCUUUCUAUUUACUUUCAAAUUGUUAAGGAUAAAUCUGCUUUACAAAGUGGAAUAAGUGAAUUCCCUAUCAUCAUAUCCAUUGUUGUCAGUUCGAUACUUUCAGGCGUUUUAAUUAAGAAGACUAAUAAUGUUAAAACAAUGUAUAUUAUUUCUGGAAUAUUGGGACCAAUAGGACUUGGUCUCUUUACGUUAUAUGAUAUCGAUACAACUUCAGGAAAAUCAAUUGGGUUACAAAUCAUUUCUGGUAUCUCCAUGGGAAUCAUGCUCAAUUCAACAAUAAUUUCUGCUCAAGUUAGUGCCCCAAAAGUUCCAGGUGGAACAAUUUUAACUAUUACCUAUAUCGUAUUUGCAAGAUGUCUUGGGGGUGCUAUUGGUGCUAAUUUAAGUGAUGUGGUUUACAAUUCUAGUUUCAUAAAUCUUUAUAGAAAGCAUCUUGCAAAAGAAGUAAACCAGUUAAUAAUUCGAGAGUUAGGCCAAGUCAGUCCUUAUCAAAUGUUAUAUUCAACUGCUUCUAUUGCUGAUCUCUCAUUAGAGUCUCAAUUGUUUAUCAAAACCUUAUUCAAUCAAUCAAUUAGAAAUGUUUAUUAUAUGUGCAUAAUCUUCUCAGGGAUCUCGAUGAUCGCCUGUUUUUUUACAACUAAUAAACCUAUCCCUGAUGCUGAAGAAGAAGUUAGUUUGAAUAAGGAAGAUGUAUAGAUUUUUAUUCUAUAGGUUUUUUAGUUUAAUUUUAAGUUCUUUAUUUUUGUAUGUAUUGGA